CCAUCUGCGUCACAGCAUUUCUUCAUGCCUGGCUUUGCUCCUUUGACAUCACGAGGAUCUCAACAGUACCGUGCUCUCACCGUGCCAGAACUUACACAACAAAUGUUCGAUGCCAAGAACAUGAUGGCUGCCUGCGAUCCACGACACGGACGUUAUCUCACUGUUGCUGCUAUCUUCCGUGGACGUAUGUCCAUGAAGGAAGUUGACGAACAAAUGCUGAAUAUUCAAAACAAGAACAGCUCAUACUUCGUCGAAUGGAUCCCCAAUAAUGUUAAGACUGCCGUUUGCGAUAUUCCACCAAGAGGUUUGAAAAUGUCGGCUACAUUUAUUGGUAACUCGACAGCUAUUCAGGAAUUAUUCAAACGUAUUUCGGAACAGUUCACUGCUAUGUUCCGUAGGAAAGCUUUCUUGCAUUGGUAUACAGGCGAAGGCAUGGACGAGAUGGAAUUCACUGAGGCUGAAAGUAACAUGAACGAUUUGGUCUCCGAAUACCAACAGUAUCAAGAAGCAUUUAAC